AUGCCAUGGCCGAGCGAGCGAGUGACAUUCGGCCAAGCCGGGGGUCUCAAGGGGCAGAAGGGGCCUCUGAGUUUGCCCGGCAUGCCCCAAUGGCCAGGGCAGGAGCGGCUUCUGAUGGUCCAGAGCUUCCACCGCGUGUGGUGCUUCCCCGCCGGCAAACUUGAGGAGGGCGAGGAGGAGGUCGACUGUGCGGUGCGGGAGGUCCAAGAGGAGAUCGGGAUAGACAUCGCGGAUCGCAUCAAUGAAAGGCAGUUCGUGAAGUCCAUCAUCACGGACAAGCAGCAGCGCGCCAUUCCCGUGAAGUUGUUUAUCAUCACGGGCAUUCCCGAGAAGUCGAGCUUCAAGCCCCGCGUGAAGCAGGAGAUCGAGAAGAUCGCCUGGAUCCGGGUCUCCAAGUUGCCGGGCUGGGGCUCGGAGGCCACCAACCUGCGCUUCCUGCAGAUGGGAAGCCUUGUGCCGGAGCUGAAGCGCUGGCUGUCGCGCGGACCCGAGGAGGUGGAGGCGGAUGCGCCUCUGGCCUGGCUGCACCUCGGCCGGGCCUUGGACGCCUUCGACCGCGAGUGGAGCGGGGAAAAAAGGCAAGCGGAGCGUGGCGCGGAGGUGCCAAAUGGCUGUGACAAGCAAAACCCGGUUUGA